AUGAGUGACUUCAAAUCACACUAUCACUAUCAGUUGUACCGGUACGAACCAUCUCUUGCUGCUGCGAUUGUAUUCAUCGUCGUUUUUGCUUGCACUACAGUCUACCAUUCAUAUCAGCUUGUCACAAGCCGCUCUUGGUAUUUCAUCCCAUUUGCUCUGGGAGGAGUCUUCCAGAUCAUCGGAUAUGUAGCACGAGCGGUAGCUUGCUCGCAUACUCGCAACGUGCCGAUAUAUUCGAUCCAAACAGUCUUCAUCCUACUCGCGCCACCUCUUUAUGCUGCAUCAAUCUACAUGUCUCUCGGGAGAAUUGUUUCACAUCUUCGUGCCGAAGGACUAAGCAUAGUCCCGUUGAAAUGGAUGACGGGAUUUUUCGUGGCAGGCGAUGUAGUAUCGUUUCUCACGCAGGCGGCAGGAGGAGCGAUCAUGGCCACUCGCAAUCUGCACACCUUCAAGACCGGAGAAGACAUCACGAUGGCUGGUCUGGGUGUACAACUUGUCUUCUUUACGUUUUUCGUCUUCACGGCCAUCAACUUCCACCGUCGGUACCGUUUUCUCUCGCGAACCACGCAAGAUCGAACUAUCACUCGACGCAACAAUAUCCUACACAUCACGCACUCCUGGGAAACUGUCUUGUGGGGUCUGUACAUCGCCAGCGUGCUUAUCUUAAUCCGGUCGAUAUUCCGUCUCAUCGAAUACUCGCAGGGAAACGGUGGAUAUCUGAUCAGUCAUGAGGUUUUCAUGUAUGUGUUUGACGGAACGCUUAUGCUCUUUGCUAUGCUGGCAAUGAACGUGUUUCACCCGUCUGUGGUAUUAUCCCCUCGUACGGAGUAA